AUGAAGACCCAGAUCUUUUUCGUCGUCGCCGCUGCUCUCCUUCCUUCGGUCCUGGGUGACGCGCCCAAGCUCAACCAGUACAGCUCUCUCGAUGACUGCCAGAACGACAAGAGCAUCCUCUACCACGCCGCCCCCGUCUCGGGCCGGUGCUACGACCUGGACGAUGCCACUGCCGCUUUCUUCUGGAACACCGGCGGCAUGCUGAACCCCAGGGUCUACACCGGCAAGGGCUGCAACGGUAUCGAGGACCCCCUCUCCACCAACGGCCGCUGCAUGGAGAAGGGCAAGUACAACUCGUACCGCUGCUCUUAG